AUGGCGGCCGCGAGCGAUUCAGCAACGGCAAAGCUGUUGCAGCAAUUCGUCUUGUCCCUGAUGGCAAGCCAGCUCGCUCCCGACUCUGUCUUGUACGGCGGUCCAAGUGGCUACGGAGACCCUGCGCCAGACCCGGUGCUCGACCCUGCCGGCCAUGCAGCCCACUCCAAGAACGCCCAAUCAGACAAGCGCCGGCGUGCAGAAGCUAUGGCGAAGCAUCUUCUGUCGCUCCAUCGGCUCGAGCUGACCCAACAAGAGGCUCUCUCGCCUGUCCCCACCAGCGUCCCUCUGCUCGCUCUCCACGCCCUGACUCCGCGCCAGGCUACACAGUACGAUGAGAAAAAAACGCUGUUCUGGGCUCACAAGACACGCCAGUUCCGCGUCGAGCUGGAACAAUUCGACGACGACAUCGCGGGGCGAAAGGAAGCCAUGAUCAAGUUCGGCGAACUAGUCUGCACCUCAACCUUCGGCCCAGACUGGUACCAAUGGUCGCAGAUGCCGCUAACUGGCAAGACUACGCCCAGCGCCAUCUAUUCCGACUAUGGGGCUGACGAUGAUAGCUUUGAUAAGCCGACGUCGACAUAUGCACCUGCUUCUGCGAUGCAGUCUAAGCUCCAAAAGGCUGCUGGAGAACUGGCUCACGAGGGCCUCACCGCCGCUUCUCGAAAGAAGGCCCUGGACGACCUGCAAUGGGAGUUGCUUCGCUGGGAUUCGGCGCGCACUAGGGAACAAGCUCUCGACACACAGGAGGAGCCCUUCGACGAAUACGGAAUUGACAACUACGAUGAUUGGGUGGACCUCUACCGCGGCGCAGGUGACUACUUCGGUCCAUACCCAUUCAAGGACUCUUACAAUCCGGCCUAUUUCUACGACGAAAACGAUGCCGAAUCUUAG